AUGUCCCCGAUGACCACCGAAUACUCGGACAACACUCACGGUGGCACCAUCCCUCCAAUUCCGAUGGCUCGCAGAGGCGAGAGCCACGACAUGACCGAGCUCUCCCGGUACGAGGGCAGCGCUGCUGGUGACACUGCUGGUAUUGGCGUCAUGGAAUUCAGCAGGCCACACAUUAUGGUCAGCCGCAGGAUGAUGGCAACGUCGGACCUUCUGCUCAAGAACAACAUCCUCCCUUGUCCCUAUGCCCCGCGCGCCGCCAUCUUCCUUCACAGCCAACAGAGCUCGUGUACGGGGUCCACGCUCUCGGACAUCGUCUGGGACCUCCAACAUAAACCAUGGGCAGUCAAAUUUGCCUCCACUGCCAUCAACUAA